UGUCUACCAGUCUACUACGUAGAAGAAACGGGUUUGAGCCUUUUUCCUGUUCGUUUCUUUGUAUCUCUGUGUGUGUGUGUGUUUCUGUCAAAGAGCGAACGUAGCGGGUUCGGUUGGCGAUUUUGCAUCAGUUGGAGUUCAUCUUUCGUGGCGUACAGAGGGCAAACGUUGUCUCGUUCGGUCCGUUGUGUGCGAACAGAGUUUUACUAUCCUUCUCCGGUCGUGCAGCAGUGUGUGCGUGUAUGGGUGAUCGCGUGUCCGUAUACUUUAGGCCAGUGGUUGACGGUGUGCGCGAGUACUAAGCAUUUUUUGUUGUUUCUUGAUGUUCAGUGCCAUUAGCGUCACCAUGGCUGAAGGGUAGCCGCUUAUCGGUUGAUCGGUACCGAGACGGUUCCGUGAGCGUAGUGUUUGGAUGCGCGAGGUAAGAACCGUUUGCGUGUGCUCGUGUACUGUGCGUGCGUGUGUAUGUGUGUGUGUGUAGGAUAUGCGUCAAGAGAAGCGUGGGGACCGGGGGAAUCCUGGUGCUGGUGAUGGUGGCGGUGGUUUAGUGUUUCCGAGUGACGGAAUUCUUAAUGUGCGGCAACCGGAAGUGAGGGAAAGCAGAAAAUGAAACAAAAUUAAGGCUAGCUAAUUAUUUACACCGUCACUGUGCCCCGUGCCGUAUCACUUGAUGGUGUAGUAGUAAUGGAGCAGGGAAUAAUUACGAAGUGGUGCUUCGGUUGGAAGUUGCGAUGUAUCAAUGAGCCAAGCGGGGUACAGUACGAACGGCCUGCUAUGAUGUGUAAGUGCGAUGAUGGAACCGGAAGUUGAAGCUCAAAUUAUCAUGGCACACUGUUUUUUUUUUGUUGCUGUUCCUUGACAGUUUGCCAGGUGUGAAAGUGUGUGAGCGUGAAGUGAGCAUACCGAAAGCGUGUCAAGUGAGAGAUGCAAUCCGAAAAAAAUAAAAAAUAAACCAGAGGACCAAGAAAAUAACUUCACUGGAAAGGGGUACUUUGGGAAGAAUCGCCGAACGGAUCCUUACCAGAGUUGAAUGGCUUACUGUGAAGCAAUAAUUAUAAUGAUCGUGAACAAGUGAUAAAAAGGUUAAGUGAAGUGGUGCAUUUAAAUUCAAACAGGCUGAAAACCAAAAAAAAAUCGGAUUGAAAGUAUGAUUGUGACUGUGGGAAUGGGUUUCAAUUAGUUCGAAAUAACUAGAAAGUGAAAAUUGAUUGAAGCGCAAAAAAAGGAGGUUCAAGAGUGAGAGGUGAAUCGGUGAAAAGCUGCUGCAUACGAGAAAAGCCAUCAAGUGGGUGAGUGCCCUGUUUUCCACUUACUGUGCUUGUGUGAGCGUGUGACCGUGAGUGUAUGUGCGGUGGUUUUCGAAGAAAAGUGUAGCGAAGGUGAGUUCGGCGAAUAGAAAAUCGGUUAAUAAUUAAUGUGCGUGUACGCUGGUAGCAGAUUAUAGCAGUGCUUUUCGUGAAGUGAAAUCCAAUCCAGUUAACGAUGUGGCUGUUUGGAUUUUUGUUGAUCGUCAUCGUGUGCGCCGCCAAGUGUACCGAGGCGGACAUUUCCGUGGAAGCCGCAUUUCAAGGACGUUGUGGCCACGGGAGUCCUUGUGAGCAAUUGUGCUACGAGCUGCACGAUGGCAUGUACGAAUGCGACUGCUCGGAGGGAUUCGAGCUGAACAAAAAUGGCUAUAGUUGCCAAGAAAUCAAUUCUACCUCCAGCGAUGAUAACGCAUCGAACGGUGAGGAGGACGUCCUUUAUCAACGCGGUGCAUCAUUCAGCGCCAAGCUCGACAUAUCCGACCUGCACAUAUCGCUGAAACCGUUCGGCGAGGAUGACGAUGAUGAGGAUGGUGCCACCGGCAACGAAUCAAAGUCGCAGCCCAGUCCGUCCCACCAGGGAACGGCCAAAACGCUAAAACCACCCGCGAACCCGAACAGCAUCGGUGAUGAAUUAGCGCGAAGAAAGGCAACCCGUAAUUGGAAACUCGAACCGUCCGCGAAGCAAUCGCCGAAUGCGAAUGAGGCUCGCACGUCAAGCCGCAGGGAAAAAUUCAUCCAAAACGAUGGCAUCCCUCCAUCGCUGGUGACUGCGUACGGUGUGCGACACGAGCAGCAGCAGCAGCAGAAGACUUCCGGUUCCGGGGGUGACCGGCGAAAGUUUAACGCACAGUCGGCUGCCAGCGGACGGGGUUGGUCGCCGGUCGGUGUUGAUGAUGCCACUGGCAGCUCCAAUAUGCCACUGGCGAGUGAUAUGGAAAUCAGUGGCAUAUCAUUACACACGCCCGUUGCCGGCGGGGAUCGGGGUCGGUGGCAGCGGGCAGACGUACCGGAAAUGGUAACGUCAGCGGCAUCAGCUGCACUGUUGGCGGUUGACGAUGAUGAUGAUGAUGGUGCAUCGGAAAUAAGGGCGCUACCGUUGGUGGCUGGUUCGCAGGAGGAUGGUGGGACGCAGCGGGACGGGCUGCUGGAUGGGCAACGGGAUGGAAAAUUACCUCCGGAGGCGAUGGGGCGCAGUGUCGUGAGUCCCCAUGAACCUGUCAUGCCAAGCGUCAGCGAUGGUUCGGCCAUGCAGGGCUCGGAGUCGCGCGAUAAUGCAACGCAACAAACAACAGCCGGGGACACGGCGAUAAGUCAACCGUGCACUCUCGACUGUGGGCCUGAAGGAACUUGCCACGUAUCAGCGGAAGGAUCGUCCCCCACGAUGCGCUGUCUGUGCACGUUCGGAAAAAUUGGACCGCGCUGUGAAGAAGACACCAAAGUAAACACUCCACGGUUCAGCAAACAUUCUUGGGUGGCAUUUCCAGCGCUGAGAGGAGCCUACAAGCAUGUCCAGCUACACGUCGAAUUUCGACCCGAAUCGUUUGAUGGAAUUUUACUGCUGACCGGCGAACGGGACGAUUUGACCGGUGACUUUAUGGCGUUGCUGCUGCAUCAAGGAUUCGUCGAGUUUUGGUUUGACUGCGGUUCGGGCAUGGGUCGCGUCAAGUCGGAGGAAACGAUCGUCCUCAACCAAUGGAACACGAUUACCAUCUACCGGCAUCGUUGGGACGCGUGGCUCGUCCUUAACCAGGGCAACCGAGUGCAGGGCCGAUCGAAGGGUCUGUUCUCGCGCAUCACCUUCCGCGAGCCGGUGUUUCUCGGUGGAUACGGCAACAUCACCGGGCUGGACCGGAAGCUUCCCGUCAGCACCGGCUUUACCGGAUGCAUACGAAAGUUUGUCGCUAAUGAUCACGAUUACAACUUCCAGCAGGGCGCACUUGGCGACGUGUCCCAUGGUUUCGAUAUCCAGGAAUGCAUAACCGAUCGGUGCAGUCGCUACCCGUGCCAGCACGGGGGUAAAUGUCUGCCGUCGGAUGACGGUGCCAUCUGUCUCUGUCCGCUGGGAUUUGGCGGUGAUUUAUGCGAGAUGCGACUGGAUUUACAGGUGCCUUCCUUCAACGGAUCCUCGUAUCUACGAUAUGCCCCACUUGGUGACAGCUGCAUAAUAUGGUUUGAGCUAAAGAUCAUCAUCAAGCCGCUGCUGGAGGACGGGCUGCUGUUAUACAGUGGGCACCACGAGUAUGGUGAUUACAUUUCGCUCUGCCUCAACAUGGGCUACGUCGAGUUCACGUACGAUCUGGGCAGUGGGCCAGCAACCGUCAGGAGCGAAUUCCCUCUUACCAUGGGACAGUGGCAUACGAUAAAAGUGUCCCGAACGUCACGGUUAGCAGUGCUGAAGAUUGAUCAGCUGCCGGAAGUGAUGACGGUGUCGCCCAACGGAUUCUGGCAUCUUUCGCUACCGCACAGCCUUUACCUCGGCGGCAUCCACAACGUGCACACGCUGCCGACGAGCCUGCGGGAUAAGGGAUCGUUCGCCGGUUGCAUUCAGAAGGUCGACAUUAACGAUCGGACGAUUGCAAUCAUCUCGGAAGCGCUCGGCGGUUCGAACGUGGAAAACUGUCCACAUGCCUGCGUCGCACGACCGUGCGGCCCGCUCGCGAAGUGUGUCCCCAACCUGGACACCUACGAAUGUCAGUGCAAUCCGCAGAACCGUCAGUGCAACAAGGCGGAGGAACUACCGUCGGAAGUAAUUGAAAAGCAGCAACGGUUGCUGAAGCGCAAACAGCAGCAGCAGGAACAGACCGAAUCGUCGCAGCGCCCGCUGAACGCAUUGUCGUCCGUACGUCCGGGCAUCGCAUCCGACCCGCCCGGCCCGUUGCCGUUAACGACCCUCCCGGGAUCGACCUCAAUCUCGACAACGCAAGCCCCACUGGAAGACAGUACUUUGCCGCAUGAUAAUAAUCCGGCGGAUGUCGGGGACGGUAGCUCGGAGGAGAGUGAUGAGGGAUACAAUGACUACUACCAGAAUGACGCGGAUGAGGACGACGACGAUGAUGACAGCUAUGGCACACCGGGAAUGAGCACUGGAAGCGAUUACAAUCAACCGAGAGGCAGUAGCAAAUGGACACGCUAUCAAUCGGCUGCGGGUGAAAUAAAAACUGCUUCACCAGCAGCAUCGGCUAAUGAGGCUGAUAAACAGGAACAGUCGCUGGAAACGUCGACCGCGAAACCCGCGACGAUAACGGCGGCGAGCGUCGCCGUCUCUACCGUCGCUAAUGAAAAGAUAAUCGUUUGGAUCGAUCGGCAGAAAUCAAAGGACUCAUUUUCCACGCAAUCGAAUGAUUACGCAGAUUAUGGUGGGGGGGAAAUGUUGGCGAGCGACAGUGGUGAGGUGGCAGCAGUACAAGACACGGCGGUACAAGGUAGCGAAAAGAACGAUUUUGACGUGGGUCGAGGAAAUGCCGGGGUUUAUGAUCCGAGCACCGGAACGAUGGUGGUUAAUGACCGAAAAAUGAUGAUGACGGUGAACGGUGGUGCUGACGCUGAAGGUGAUAGCACGGGUGAUAUGAUGCCAGAUGAUGGCGAUGAUGAUGAUGAUGAUGCGACACGGGACAACCGCAGACCGCAGGUGGAUGUGAGCGAACAGUCUCCGGCCAAACAUCACAAGACGGAGCCGGUGAAGAAGAAUCGGGCCAGCACUGAACUCUACCAACGGCGACGGCCGGAAGCGAAACCGGAGACGUUGCCGACCAGUAGCAGUAAGGAUACGGGCAAGACUGUACCGUCGUCAUCUUUCCACGGUAACGACGACGACAGUAAUAGCGCUGACGAUGUAGCGGCUUACGAUGGUGAUGGGUACGGGAAAGAUUACGACCAACAUGGCGACCGGAUACCGUACCGGCCCGAUUUUCUGCUCCACCGAAAAGGUAGCUGGAGAGCCCGGGCGGACCAUCAGCAUCGGGGCAGCUCGACGCAGCCCGACGGGCGGGGCAGGGCACAGGACGAGCCCGAGAUCGAUGAGACGCUGAUCGAGGAGAUGAACCGGAUUAUGAAAAAUCAUAACGACAACGACAACGACGCGGAUGAGACGCUCGACAGUAGCUUCUGGGGUGUCGCAUCGGAUGGGUUCGGUGAGCCGUCCCUAACGCAUCACGACUACGAUCCGGAUACGGACGGUGGGGAGGGUCACGAUGAGGACGACGACGACGAUGAUGAUGGUGAUGGUGACCAUCACCACCGUCCACAUCACGACCAUCAUGAGCCACGUGCUCCCGGCCAUCAUCGCCGUCGUAAUGGAGUUUUGGAGGAGCAAGGUGACAGCGAGGGACCGAGCGAAUCCAGCAGCUAUGGUCCACGAAAUCGUUACGGACUACAGCGGGCCGGCCAGCAGCACCAGCACCAGCAGCAGCAGCAGCAACACGAACAUCAACAACAAGAGCAACACCAACAGGAAAAGCAACAGCAUCAACAAGCACAGGAAGACCCACGAAACGAGGAGGACGACAUCCUGCGUAGUAUAAAGUACAAAAACAAAUACUUCCGGAAGUAUCAGGGCGCGUGCUUUACCGGCACGGACAGCUACUUUCACUACAGUGACGCCGAAACGAUGCGGCGUGUCAUUAGCUACGAGAUUGAUUUGAAUCUACGCUUCAAAACGCACUCGGCGAACGGGCUGAUCCUCUGGACCGGGCGGCACAGUGCGCUCGAGGGUGACGACUUCUUGUCGCUCGGCAUCGAAAAUGGGUACCUUCACCUUCGAUACAAUCUCGGUUCGGGGGAAAUAAAUAUCAAAUACAACGCGACCAAAGUCAGCGACGGACUAUGGCAUCGAGUUCGAGCGUUAAGGAACUCGCAGGACGGCACGCUGAAGGUUGACGGUGGUAAGCCAAUCACCAGAAGAUCUCCCGGUAAGCUAAGGCAGCUCAACACGGACACCGGGCUGUAUGUCGGUGGACUACCGGCGGCCGCUCAUUACACCCGCCAAAGGUACCGGACCGGGAUGGUGGGCUGCAUCUCGGAGCUGAUACUGGCCGGCGAGCUGCGGCUGAACUUUGACGCGACGAUACUGGGCACGGCACACAACGUCGAACCGGGCGCCCCAUGAAGGUAGAUGUCGCAGGUGCCUGCCGCCGUCCGUCCCUAGAUGCUGGCCACCGGGCGUCGCUUUUUGCCCGCGGUGGCCACCGCCGCCUGUGGAGCGUAGCGUACCGAGCGUAGCGUAGCAGUACGUAGUAAUCACCGCGGCAUCCCACCAAAGCGAAUUGGUCGUCGGUCGUCCGUGUGGACAAUUAUGGUGUAUAGACGGGAAUGUUUCGCACCAAAACUGAUUAUAGGUUAUAGGCUAAACAAAGGUAAAUAAUAUAAAAGGAAGAAGAGCAACAAAAAAAAACACACACACACACACGAGCAAACAAAUAGGAAAAGCUAAACAAACCAAAGUGAAGUAAUAAGUUGCUAGUGAAGUAAGUAUAAAGUGAAAAACUCACACACACUAACACGAACACAAAACGUCCACGAAGAGAGGAAAAGGGAAGGGACAGAAAAAGAGAAGAUAAAAAAAGGAAGGAAGAAAAUGAGCGAUUAGUUAAUUUCUCUGUGUAUAGAAAAGAAAACGCAAGCGAAAAUCAUAUUUAUUAAUGACACACACACAUACACAAAACCAUUGUAAACAAAAGCUGGCGUAGAGGGAUGAAAAAAAUAUGGGGUGUGUGCGUGAGUGGUCGUGUAGGACGAAAAGAAAGGCCCGUACAAGAAAGAGAGAAAAAAUAAAGAAAACAAUUACCACUAGCAGAUAAACAUGUGUGAGUGUGUGUGUGUGCGUAUGAAAAUGGAAUGAACGUGAACAAAAGAAAAGCGAAAAGAAACAACAAGGAAAAACUUUAAUCAACCACUAGCAUUAGCAUUAUGAAUGGGUAAAGAAUCGAAUGAACGAACGCGAAAGAAGUUUGCAGUGGUAAUGCAAAAAAACGAACCCGAAAUGUGGCGCAUAUGUGAGUGUUAGUGACGUACGUAUAAACGCAAACACCGAUUUUAGCACGUAAUAGUUUUUGUACUUGGAAAGCAAAUGGCGCCCGAUCGAGAGGAAUAUUGGAGAUUGGGAACAGGAGUGCUUAGAGGGAAAGAGUUAAAGGUAAGUGAAAGUAAUGAUUUCCUUUUUUGCUUUUGAUUUGAAUUUUGAAUGUUUUUCCAAAAAAUCGAUCCUAAUUUUUUAUUCAUAAUCUAAACCAGUUUAACUUAUCCUUUGUCUCACUCUUCUUGGCCAAAUGACGUCUGCGGUCAUGCCUGCCGUAUCUGGCUUACUACGGGGGAACGGUCCGGAUAGGAUUUGAGCUCUGUAUGAAGUCCGUUGUACCCUAUAUCACUAGACCGCCCUACUUAUCCUUUAUUAUGGAGGGGUUUUCAGUUGAUAAGACAAUAGCGUCCAUUUUUCUGGUAGGCUUCUUAGAUGGAUUGGCAAACAAAGCUAGUUGAUAUGGAAACGGCUUCAAGUGAGCGGGACAUCAAACUCCUUUUAUUGUGAUAUCCUCAGAUGAUAUUGUCAUAGUAGCCGCUGAUAUUGCACGCACUUACCCGAGCGCUGAAAGGACGUGCCAAUGUCAAUAUGAUUCAUUGGCCGACUCUAACUAUUGAUUAAAAGCCUAUUUGACGCAUACCUUUCAGGUCAGGAACCUGUUCGUUUGCGAUCUAAGGCUCUAUGGACCUUAACCUAGGCCUCGACUUCAUGAAGCUGUUCAAACAUCCCAAAAUUGGCACACAAGGUACAUAUAUUCGUUAUUCAGAAUGAUUCACAGACUUAUAGGAGUCCUUAAUCUCUUACGCAAAGAUUUUCACUGUAUGACGAAUUCGCUGUAAUCCUAGUAGGUCUAAUUCUUCUUGUGCUCCAAUUCUUGAUGAUUGUUUUGUCUUUAGGCCUAUUUGUAAGAGGCCAUCCUAGGCGGUAUGGGCACUAAACUCGACUCUAGCGAGAUCCAUUAUUGGAAACCAACGUCUGGAAUUAUCUAAUGCAUCAUAAAAUUCUCUUAAUAAGCGUCUUCUAAUCCUACUAGUUUUCUGGAAAUUAUUACAAUUAAACAUUCAGAACAAUUGCUGCACUGUUACCUACAGAGAUUUUUCUUCCUUCUCAGUAUUCUGAUAUCUUCGAUUUUUCUUCGAUGGCUCACUUUCAAUCCAACCUCUAGUACUUCUCGUGAAGAUUCUUGGUAGUACUACAUCAAGACUCCUUCUCCUAGCAUGAAACGCAAAUAAAAAACCAUUUCGUGGUAAAGAUUCCCCCUGUUUAUUUCGCCUCAAUCGAUUUCAAAAAGCGAAACAAAGCUAGGCUAGUCUCUGAUCAAUAACCCCAAGAACGUGCAUGGGUUAAACAUUUAUUUUGUUGCACUGGAAACCGAUCAAUUCCAGUCCUUUUUUCCUUACAUGUGACAUUUUAAUGAUGAACUUCUUACAAAAAAUCCACCUUCCAUGAUAUUUGGUUUGCUACUGGAGUCAACUUUUUCUCCGUCCAUCCAUUCGAUAUCUCUUGUCCCAUCCUGUGGGGUGGGUGAAGCUUGACGAAAAACCCCCCGAACGGAUAUUACGAUCAACGCCCACAUGCACAACAUCCGACAGGGCGGGCUGCUUUUUUCUUCGUGCGUCAGUCAAGCGCACAAAACCCUGAAUAGGACAUCCAGCAAACCAAAACAUCCACGCAAAUCGAUUAUCGUAAGCGCUAUCAAACGGAUGGAAAUAGAUAGAGCGGUGAACGGUUGACAGUGAUCCAGUUUCUGUGGACCGGACUCUUAUUUUGUCACCGUCAUGCAAAAGGAAACAAUGCAUUCAAAGGAGAAGGAGUGCUCGCAAUUGUUUGUAGCAAACACACAUACACGGUCGCGUGACAAUGGACAGCUGUCAGCGUAAUGUGUAAUUUAUCAAGCACGCAUCGGACACGCCAGCCGUUCGGGGCUGUCGGGGAUCGAUUGCGGUUUUCUUGCACCUGGAACGAUAUAUUUCGACUGGCAGCAAACGAAUGUGAUGGUUCGUUUUCGAUUGGCAUUGUUAAGAAGAAAGCCGCUUAAAGUGCUUAAAGAACUAGCAACGAAACGGGCUUUUCCUUCCUUGGUAGAAUACGGCCGAACGCUCCUUUACCCAGGGUGAAAGCCAGCCGCUCUAAUGCAUUCUCAACUUUUCCAAUAUUCCAACGCUAGGAAGAUAAAAAAUUUCAUAAGUGAGCAUUAUAAUUUUUAAUCUGUACGCUCUCAGGGACCCCAACGAAAAAAAUAAAAGAAAACUAGCGAACGAACCAAAAUUCACUUUAGCGAUGGAGGCGCCUGGUCAGUUUCAUUGUUCGGUGCUGGUUUCUCUCUCUCUCUGUAGCUAUCCGUUUGUGGGCUAUUUUAUGGAGCUGAGGAGAAACUUUUUACUCUUCUUCCACCUUCCCUUUCCCACCUUCCCUUUCCCACCUUCCAACCCGCCUAGAUAACGCAAUCUAAUCAACCUGGAGACUUGUACUGCACUGUCUCGACCGAGCACGGCGCUGGUAAAAGCGAUCGAAAAUGAGUUUGACGACCACGCACCUAGUUUAAAGGGUGGUUGGAGUACUUUUUUUGCAUAAUUUCCACUCCACUCACCUCCCUUCCCACCCCGUUUACAGGAAACGAAACAGCUUUCCAAGGGGGUUUAAAAGUUGUCUGCGCCGAGUGACCGAGUUCGCAUCAAAUUGACUUGCUGCUAUUUUGAAUUCAUGGAUUAACUGAUACGGAUUAAAAAACUUAGCAGGUUACGAGGGGUUUUUUCUUUUCUUUGCCAGCUCCGGGAAACUGGAAUCAUAUUAAAGUUCAAACACGGUCGCCCGGAUGCAUGGUAGUGGGUCGAAGGAAGAACUUGCGCUCUCUCUCUCCCGGGGGAGAAUAUUGCUCGAGAAAAGUUGGCUAAAAGUUUAUGUGCUAAUACUUAUAUGGAUUGAUGGGACAAGUUUCUCGGUUGAUGUUGGUAGUAUGAUGCAUAUAAUACGCGCCAGACGAAUAUUUUGAGAACACGGGACAAGAAAAUGCAAUACAAUGCCGUUUUUUUCCUUCCUCGCAAUUCUCGUGCUUUGCUGCUUCAUGAUGAUCGAUUGUAGGGAAGGUAUGCAAAAAGGACCAAGACAAACAGGGACCGAUAGGUGUUACAGGAAAUGAAAGCUUACUUCCAUCUACGAACUAGAAGCAUAACCUUUGGGGUUUCUUCAUGGAAACGACCUUAAGCCCUCGAUCUGAGACGCAUUUCGUUCGGGGAAAACUUGCAAGGAAAAGAGCUCCAAAAUCCAUCCAAUUCUACCGUAAAAUGAACGCUUUUAGUCAGCACAAAAGGUAGUUUGAGGAAACAAUCCACUGGUCGUGUGUGCAGACGCGUCCAAUCUAUAAACAAUGACGCUGCCUUACCCAUUGCAGCUCUGCUUGAAGCAGGCUAUAAAUUAAGACGAAAAUUUAUACGCACGUAUGAACCCGAAGCAUUAUUAACGGUGUUUUUCAUUCCAUGCCGGAAAAAGGGACCGUCCCAUGCCGGAAAAAGGGAAGUUUCGAGGUGGAUGCGAAGGAUGUGAAAUGUGAUUUAUUAUCGUUCGAUGGCAGCGUUCUAUCUAUCGGGAGCGUUUGCCAAAGUUCAGUCGCACGACGGCACGAAGGUUAGAUUUAAUUAAAAAAGGGUUUGGGAUGCUGCGCCGAGGCUGGAUGGAUGAGGGGAAAAGCUGGCCGGUGCCGUGCGGCGUGCCACAGAUUUAUUCGAUCGAAAGCAGCUUGUGUGUGUGCCGCAAGAAUGCAGACUAGGGCGAAGUAAGCGAAGCUUGUCCGAAUAGACGGAUGUGAUUGUGAUCAAUUUAAAUAUUUCAAUUCUUGUUGAUAGCAGAGUUAUAAUACUUUAACAACUUUUUGUUAUUAAAUAUUUAAACUGAUUCCUUUAGAUUCUGUUCUAUUUUUUAAUUUUAUUUUAAAGGGAAUGGUUCACUUUUCUCUUACCUUUGAGCUCUUUCCUACAUAAAUCUACCAAGCAAAACAUCCCCAAGCGCCUGUGAACCGCAGUAGAAUAAACAAUCGACCUCUUUUCAUCUCUUGCGACCCGUCCCUAUCGUCAUCCCAACCGCCUCCCUUCAUUCCCCGAACGCCAAUCGUAAACAGCAAUCAAAAUUCGUCAAUUCUUUUCUUUGCCUUUGCCUGCAACGAACUUAAAAAAACGGAAAAAUGGGACGCUCUCGCUCUCUCCUUCGCUAGGUUAAUCAAUUAAGGUAAUACCUUAAUUCGGAAAAAAUCCUUAUCAAACGCAAGCAAUUUCCUAAAGUGUGCAUACGGUGCGCAACAUCCAUAGCAUUAACACAGGAACAGGAACAAUAAAAUGGAACCAUCAUCAUAUCAGGGUUUGAAGUUGGGAGAACAAAAGGCAAAACUCUUCAAACCGACGGUUUAAUUGGCGAUUAUUAGGUGUUUUUCAUUGUGAAGGAUGCAUUUUUUUGAUUGAUAUAAUGGUUUAAUAAAAAGGAGCCUUCAAGCGUGAAAAAAUAGCGCUUUAAUCGCCGGGUUGGAUUAAAGGAUAAGUUCUCUAUAUGUUUUUUUUUGUUAUAGGGUUGAGUUAAUUUAAAAAAUAUGUUCCCUUUUCUUAUCAAAUCCGGCUAGAAAUAAAUUGUUUUACCUGCUUUACAAUGCUUCUCAGGCCAUGAAACAAGUGUCUUAAUAUUUAAAACAGCCGAAUAUUUGAGUUAUAACAACUAUCCAGGGGCUCGAAGUGUAUGGUCGAACUUUUGAGUCACUCGAUCGAAUGUUUCAACUGGAUAGUAGAAUAUUGCAAUCAUUCAAUGGAUUUAUUUCUUCUUCCUCCAUGGCACUACAACCUGAAGAGGUCUCGGCCAUUCAUUUCUAGCUUUCUAUGACUUAAUUUUACCCGUAGUAAAGUAGUCAGCCCUACGUACGGGGAGGUGAUUUGAACCCGGUCCGGCUGGGGUUGCAUUCUGUUGGGGGAAAUUUGCAGCUAGUGGACCUGUUCAAUCAGCUAUGACUUAAGGAAGUAGCUAAUAAAACAACAAUGUGAAUGAGAGGACAUGGUGAUGGUCAAACAAUCCAAAUACCAUUUUGCAAUUUUAUAAUUUACCUAGAUUGGAUCUAAACAUUCGGCAGAACAUCCACUGCCGAGAGGCAAAUCUCCAUUGAAUGAUUGCAAUAUUCCCCUAUCCAGUUCAAGCAUUGCAUCGAGUGAUUCAAAGGUUCCAUUAUAUAAUUCGAAUCUUAAAUUGUAUGUUAUACUAUAGUCGCUUAUUGUUUUAAACAUGUGGCCACUUGUUUUUAAGGCUUGAAAUCACCUGAAAUUUAAAUAAAAAAAACCACACAAAGAAGAAAUAAGCAUUAAUUUCUUAAGAAGAGUUUAAGGCACUCCUAGACGUAUGUGUAUGUGCGUGUGUGCGUAUAUGAGAACCGAGUGUUUGUGUGCGUAGAACUGAAAUCCACCCCAUUUUAUGUUUGCUUUUUGUAAGGAGCUAAACCAAAGCUUGAAAAGAAAAAUCUUAGCUUAUUGAAAAAAAAGGUAAGCAAAAUAGGAAAUAAAUGCAGAAACUAACAAAGAGGAGAGAGUUUAUUUUGUAAAUAGUGCAAAACCGAAAAUAAAUACAAACGAAGUGUAUUUGUGAGUGUAUGUGAAACCAAUAGUAGAUUUCAAACUAGGGAGGUAGAAAAAACCGUUGCUGUGCUAUGUGCUGAUGUAAAGACGUAACAAUUACGGCAAUGCACCAAUAAUAUGUGUGAGCGUAACAUGUGUGUGUGUGUGAGUGUGUGCGUGUCUGUAAAAUUUUAGUGCAAAAACCCCGAAUCAUAAUGCUUGUAUAAAUACAUCCAGAGGAAAAAAAAGAAACGAAGAAGAAAGAGGCAACCUAUAGCAAAAAAAAAAGGUUUUUUUUAUAUACUGCAAUGAGACCGGUUGGCUAACCGAAUAAAGAGCGUAUAGGUUUAAAAAAAAUGGAAAGCAAAAAUCCAAACAAGCAAAAAACCAUCGACGCUAUAUAGCAAGCAAUAAAAGAAACAAACGGAACGCGAUAAGCUAGCUAAAACAAACGGAUCAUAAAAAUAAAACGGCAAUACAUAAUGCAAAUACAAUGGUAUCAACAGCGAUAAAAAGGAAUAAACAGAAGAAGAAAAACAUUAACAAAAAAGUAUAAAACAAAGAAAAAAGAAAUGAAAAUUCUUAAAAUAAAACAGAAAAAGCUAACAAAAGCAGUCCCCCCCCCCUCCUCCCCUAUCCCCUGUAUUGUAAAUAAUGCUAGAUACAAAAACACACACACAAAGACACAAACAAAACCAAUUAUUUGUCACCUUAUACAGAAAGGAGCAUGACAAACUGAUUUUAUGAAGGUAAUAAAACAAAACGCUGCUAAGAAAUUAAAGAAAAACUGGACAAGGGCUAAACCAAGAAGCAUAAAGCUGCUGCAAAUCAACCUGCUUAUAUACAACAGUCUCUCUAUAAUGAUAUAUACAUUUAUGUAUUGUGUUUGUAAACAAUGUGUCGCGUAGGAGAGAGGGAAAGGCGGCGGUUAAAAUGGCUUCAAGAAGAAAGCUAACCCCCGGACGAAAAGCGUUUUCCUCUCACGGCAAUGCAAUGCAAUGGACUGGACUGGACAGUGUAGCUUCGAACGAGAGAUAAUAAAAGCAUAUCAUUGCGUGUGGAUUUAAUUUGAAA